AUGCCCGAGGAGCACGACCCCACCGCGCACGUUAUGGACUACCCCGCGCUCGACCUGGGGAACAAGGAGUGCUCGAAGACACACGUCGCCAUUGUCGACUUGGAUGUGUUCGUCUGGGGCCUCGAGGAGAUCAAGGACAGCAAGCUGCCGAUAGCCGCUGUUAUCGCCUCGCAUGGACGGUGCAACAGCGCGAAGAACAUGGAGCCGUUUGCGCGCGGCCUGCUCGCCGAGGCCAGGGAGCAGGAGAAGGCCUCGGGACGGAGGAAGAUCCGCGACCUGGUCGUUGUCACUCUGAAAGCUGACAUCUCAGACGGAGCGACGCAGGACUAUGACAUGAUCAUGAAGUUCCUGAACCCAUAUCUCUUCCCCAAGGGCGAGCGCGAGAUCACCGAGUGGAUGGCAACGGGUAUCUCUCUCGGCGGUAACACGGUCUGGCGCCUGCUGCGAGAAGACCCGCGAAUCCGCGUCGCGGUGCCGAUCAUCGGUCUCCCCUUCGAGGCCUUUGGGCCGUACCUCGGUGCGCGCGCCGUGCAGGGCGGGCUCGACUUUGCCCCGCCAAUCUACCCCGCCACGCUGCGGCCGUACAUUGAGAGCCGCGAGCCGGAGAGCGCAUACAAGGACCGCAAGAUUCUGUCUAUCCAUGGCGAGAUUGAUGAGCUCGUCCCGUACCGCUUUGGAAAGGACAAGAUUGCGGAAUUGAAGAAGAACGCGCCUGAAGGACAUAUCGAGGUCUUCGUCCAGAAGGGCAAGGGACAUGUGUGCACGCCCGACAUGCUUCGGAGGGCGGCCGAGUGGUUCUACCGCUGGGGCUGCACUGAGCCGUAG